AUGGCCGUGACGGAGUUAGAGGGCCCGCCGCCGCCGGCGGCGGCUGCGGCGUUGGAGGUGCCGGCGAAGCGCGGCCUCCUGCGGUACAACUCGCCGCUGGCGCAGGUAUCCCUGCUGGGGCUCAUCUGCUUCUGCUGCCCGGGCAUGUUCAACGCGCUGUCGGGCCUCGGCGGCGGCGGGCAGGUCGACGCCAGCACCGCCGACAACGCCAACACGGCGCUCUACGCUUGCUUCGCCGUCUUCGGCGUCCUCGGCGGCGCCGCGCACAACCUCCUCGGCCCACGCGCGACGCUGAUGCUGGGCGCGCUCACCUACCCUCUCUACGCCGGCUCCUUCCUCUACUACAACCACCACCGGCACUCGCAGGCGUUCCCCGUCACGGCGGGCGCGCUGCUCGGCGCCGGCGCGGGGUUCCUCUGGGCGGCGCAGGGCGCCGUGAUGACGUCGUACCCGCCGCCCAACCGCCGGGGCACCUACAUCUCCCUCUUCUGGUGCCUCUUCAACCUCGGCGGCGUGCUCGGCGGCCUCCUCCCCUUCUCCUUGAACUACAACAGUGGCGACAAGCCCAAAAACGUCAGCGACAGCACGUACAUCGCCUUCAUGGCCUUCAUGCUCGUCGGCGCCGCGCUCACUGUGCUCGUGCUGCCGCCCACCAGGAUCGUCCGCGACGACGGCACCAAGGCCACCAGGGUCACCUUCUCUUCCCCCGCCACCGAGGGCGCCGAGAUCCUCAAGCUCUUCGCCAACUGGAAGAUGCUGCUCGUGCUCCCGGCCGCCUGGGCCAGCAACUUCUUCUACACCUACCAGUUCAACAACGUCAACGGCGGCCUCUUCACGCUCCGCACCAAGGGGCUCAACAACGUCUUCUACUGGGGCGCGCAGAUGAUCGGUUCCGCCGGCAUCGGUUACUUCCUCGACUUCGGCUUCGCCAGCCGCCGGAAGAGAGGGCUGUUCGGGGUCGUCGCCGUCGCCGUCGUCGGAACGGCCAUCUGGGGAGGCGGUCUGGCCAACCAGCUCAAGUACAGAGCUGUGCCGUUGUCCGACCCCAUCGAUUUCAAGGAAGGCCACCGCUACGCCGGGCCGUUCCUGCUCUACUUCAGCUACGGCCUGCUGGAUGCCAUGUUCCAGAGCCUCAUCUACUGGAUCAUCGGCGCCCUCGCCAAUGACUCCCAAAUCCUCAGCAGGUACGUUGGGUUCUACAAGGGUGUGCAGAGUGCGGGAGCGGCGGUGGCAUGGCAAGUGGACAAGCAACACACGUCCCUGAUAUCCCAGCUGAUUGUGAACUGGGGGCUCAUGACCGUCAGCUACCCAUUGCUUGUGCUGCUGGUGUUCCUGGCCGUGAAGGACGAGGACUAUUCGGUUUCUUCAGUGGAGGACGGCAAGGAGAAAGAUAGUAAGCUGUCAGCACCGACCAGCUUCCACUAA